CCGGAGACGAAAUUUCCGUUGACGGAUUUAAAUGCUAGAGGCACAGCGUCUCUAAAGGGACGCCCGAACGCUCUCUGGUUGUCAGGCAGGACCCGCAAAACAACCCUCCAUCGGUAUGACUUCGGCCAAAGAAGACACGUUAUCCCCAGAUGAGCUGAGGAAAAGACUCUAUCAGACUUUUAAAAGUAAAGGAGUGCUUGAUACACUGAAGACUCAGCUAAGGAAUCAGCUCAUCCAGGAGUUGAAACACCCGCCUUUGACUGGAGGAGAACCAGUUCCCAGACCGGUACAUGUGAAAUGUGAGCCCCGCCUGGUCUCAGCCUGUAACAGCAUCGUGGCUGAUCAUCUCCGCAGCUCGGGGUACGAGUACACCCUCUCUGUGUUCUACCCUGAAUGUGGCCUCCCCAAAGACCAGGUUGUCAUGACUGAGGACCUUCUUCAGCUCCUUCGCAUUAAUCCCGAAUCAGCACUUUACAGAUCCCUGUCUUCGAACAAAGGCACCAGUGAUAAAGGGUUCCUGAUCAGCCUCCUAACACAGCUAACGCACUUUUAUUCUCACAGCCUGCGCCAUGAUGCUGAUACUCAGACCACCAGCGGAGCGAGUCAUGGAGAAUCUCUUGUUGAGAAGAUGAAAGUAAUUGAUCAGGAAUACGAGCGCUUCAAUUACAGUGGGGACAAAUGGUUUUCCUUUCAAUCUAAACUGGAUGCAUAUAGAAGAGAAAUUGAUGCGCAGAUGCAAGAAGAAAUGAACACAAAGAUGCAACAUUUUAAAGAUGUUGAAAUUGCAACAGUGAGGAUGGAAGAAAAAAAACAGUUUCAUAAAGAAUUUGAUAAGCUGAAGCAAGACUUGGAAAGGACUUACGAGAUGAAGGCAAAGGCGUUGAUGGAGCGCGAGAAAAAUGCCAUUGAUCGAUUACAAAAACAACAAGAGAUUGAAGAAAAAAACGUGUAUAUGCAGAGACAAUCAGUCCUGAAAGAAAUUGAAACUGUGCGAAACAGAGAGAAUGAGCUUAGGAUGAGAGUGGAGGCGUUUGAAAAGACAUGUCAAAUCCACGAGGACAAGGUCAAGACCGCUGAGGAGCUGCUGAGGAGCAGAGAACUAGCAGUGAAGACCAUGGAGGAAACACACGACCAAAGGCUGAGGAAUGAACUUUCCAGGUAUCAGCUGGAGUUGAAGGAUAAAUUUCUCAAGAGAACAGAAAAACUAACGGAGAAUGAGAACAGAAUCAAAGUGGAAACUGUUCGUAUCCAGAAGGAGUCGGCUAUAAUUGAUGGCAAAUUAGAGGAGCACUGCAGAGCGUCUUCAGAGCUGAGACGGCUGCAGGUCGAACUGGACACGGCACAGCAGCAGAUUUCUCUGCUGACGCAACAGAAGGAGCUUUUGAGGGAAAGACUGGACACCAUGAGUGACUACGCCAGCUUGAAAGGGGAGAAAGCCGAGCUGCAGGGGCAGCAGCGGCUGCUGAAGAAACAGCUGGAGGAGGCCCAAGAGGAGAACCGGCUUCUCCAUGCAGAUUCCGGCAAGCCGUCCAAGCAGCAGUUGGCCUUGCAGAUGGAGCUGCGCAGGCUGCAGAGCGCUCGCAGCCUGGACGAGGAAGAGUUUGACAACCAGAAACAGGUGCUUCAGGCACAGCUCCAGAGCGAGGUGGAGCGGGGGGCUCAGCUGAAGGCUCAGUUGAUAGAGUGCGAGGAGAGGUCACGGUGGAUGAAUAACCACAUUGAGGAAAUAAAGAUGCAGCUUCGCCAAACUCAACAAGCUCUUGAAAACGAGGUGCUGCGCAACCCCAAGCCGUCCCUGGUCGAUCGCUCCAUACUGGAGCUCAGCGCUGACCAGCUGCUGCCCCCUGACAUCUAUGUGGACAGAGCUCUGCUGAGGGCCACGGGGGGCUACGACGAGUUUCGCCACGCAGGGGGGGCCUUGCGAGGGCGCAAGUCGCCUCGGAGUGACUCUCCAGACUCCGACCUGGAUCUGGUGGCAGAAGCAAAAGCUCGGAUCCAGGAGCUGCAGGAGGAGGCGGAGACUCUGGAGGAAGCCUACAGGAACUACCAUCAGAGGGCAGUGCGCUCCACCAUCUCACCCACGCUUCCCCCGGGACCUCGUUCCCCGCAGCGAGCACGUCCUCCCCGCCGUCCCGGGUCCCCUCUGAGAAAGCAAGCCGCUCGCCGUUCGCACCUCCGCUCGCCGAACGGACCCAAGGUCUCACAGAGGCCGCUGUCUCCGCGUGCUACCAGAACACUCUCCCCUGCUCCUUACGACACAAGAAGCACGCCACGCGUCCAACCGAGAGUGACCUUCCUGAGAGACACCGACCAACCCCGGUCUGCAGAGUUGUCUGACCACAGUCUCCAUUCAUUGACUGAAAAUCUAAGAGACGGACGAGCCCAGGCCGCAAACAGCCAUCCCCCCAGACGCCUGUCCUCCACAACGCACUCGUCCUCCGGCAAUACGCUCCAAAGAGAGAACGCAGAAGAAGCAGUCGGGUCGCCGAUGGCGCUUCCAGAGUUGUCGUUUGACAGGCGGGUCCCCCCCCACAACGAUUUGGCCCCCCGAGGUGACUUUUCCCCGGAGCUCAGUCCACCUUGCAGUCCUCAGCUCAAGAGCACGACGCGGGACCAAUCCAGUCCGCCAAAGUUGCAGCCUGUGUUCUCCAGCUCAGACUCUUCCCCACAGCCUGAGAAGAUAAGCCUCGAUGAUCUCACAGCAGUUAUGUCAGAGCCCGGCCACAUUCCAGAGCUUCUCCUGGACACUGCCAUCCCUCUCUGUGUGGAGGCCCCUGACAGCCCCGCUGUCCCCCGCCCACAGGACCUCCCAGAAGACCCAAUGGACUUGCAGGGCCAGGCGGUCCCACAAGCAUCCGGUGAAGUUGUUAUGGAAGAAGAAGAGGAGGAAAGGUGGGAAACAGAGCGAAGGGAGAGACUAGAGGAAAGGCAAAGGAAGCAAGAGGAAGCCAGAGAGCGGGAGCUGCAAGAACUUGAGAGACUGGAGAAAGAGAUGGUGAUUAUGCUACAAUAGGUUCAGUUAGAACUUUAUCAAGAGAGGGC